AUGACGAUGCUGGUGCAUGAAACUAACCUCUCCCCUGAUCUAGCCUCUCUCCACGUCCGCAUCGCAGUCAGCGCAGAGCGCCGCCAGCCAAGCCUUUCUAAGAUCCCAACCGUCUCUCACGCCGACCCCAACGCCCGUCGAAAAUGUCCAGACAAAGCGAAUGGUGCAGCGGCGGUCCUCGACGCAGUCGCCGCCGCAAACUGGCCCGGCCAGUGUACGUCGUUCAGCAAGCAUGAGUGGACCUCUACGCCGAUCAAGCAGCCAGAGCUCCAUGAGCACGCGGAGUUUCCGCGAGUCCUCGCCCCAUGGCCCAGUGACCAGGCCUUCGAAUCACCCCGAGCCCGUGGACGUGCCUCCAUUACCGUCACUACCAAAACAGUAUUCAUCGCGACAGCCCGCCAAUCGUCGUUGUGUGAGCAUGGAGCCAGCGACACGAUCGACCCUGGGAUCUCCGGGUUCGCCCCGCACGAAGAAGACGCGAGGGAUGAUAGUUUGGGUUCGGUGCCGGAGCUGGAGCGUUCUUCGAGUCGGAAUUCGGUGAAUUUUUCCUAUCCGAUGGGUGCGCGUCCAAACUCCCCGACUGGGCCGCCCCAGAACCGAUCUAUGACUUUGAAAGAGGCGAUUCAUGAGUUGCCAUCGACGGAGGUCUCGGGUAUCCAGCAGUCGGUCACUCGGGCUUCUGAACAGCCUGUCAAGACGAAGCCGAGGACGCACGCACCGGAGGGGAGCCAUUUGGCACACAAAUCCGCAGGCGGUCCUCCAGUUGGCACUGCGGUUGCGGCGGCUCAGGCAGUCAUUGCUCCAAAAAGCAGUUCAAAUGCGGACACAGGACACACACGCCAGGAGCGGGUGGAAGAUAAUCCAGUGACCUCCAGCUCAAAGGGGGACUAUAGUGAAGAUGAGCUACCAGUCAGUAUCAGCAGCCCGGAGGCUGACCAUCCUUCCUCUCGGGCCCUCCAUGCCCAAUGGCCGACCGCCGUUCCUGAAGACAACAGGCCUGCCGAGAUUGCCGAUACCGAUGUUCAUAAUACCCAAGGGCGUGGCAAUCGAUUGAUGAGUGCCUCUCCGACCAUUGAUCACGUUGAGGCAGUGAUACCGAAUCAAGCUUCUCCCUUGUCUGAACAGGAAGCUAGUCAGCAACAGCAUUUGCGCGAGUCGAGCAGCCCAGGCCGAUCAGCCCGCUUUUCCAAGUGGCUUUCGGUCAAUGCGGCUGGGGAACAGGUCCAUGAGCCGCCGCCGAGAUCCAUUUCUCCUGGCAAAUCGGCCCUGAAACAUCGCGGCAACUCUUUGUCCCCAGAUCGAAAGGCUGGGAUCCUUGCCAAUGACAUAUCAGAUGGCACUUCAGUGGCUUCUGACGAAGGGUCCCGCGUUGGUGCGAAGAAGCGGUCCGUCAAAGUAAGCUUUGAUGACGAGGCGGAGAUCGUCGGCAUCGCAGCCAGCCCUCCUACCUCGCCAGAGGAGCUUACUCCUGACUCGCCCACGGGUAAAUCCAAGUCUCGCAUGAGUUGGUUUGGGAUUGGCAAAAAGAAGCCUUCGUCACCAUUGGAACAUGAUUCUAGAAAUGACUUCGACGAGGUGAUGAAACCCCGGCCAGCAUUGCCCUCGUUCGGCAGCGUACGAGGCAAUCGGGACGCCGGCCUCCAGGAAUCGUCAAUACCGGAAUUCAGCGACAAUGAAUCAAGUGACUCGUCGGAGGGUAUGGAAGGCCCGGGCGUCUCUUUCUCAAACGAUCACGCUCUCGCAGGUGUACUUCACAGACCUCAACAUAAGGAAGCUCACCAACUACAUGGGACUAACAUCCUCCAGCAAAUGUCUGUCGAUGAAGCUCCUCCUGCUCCUCAAGCAACGGUCAACCCAGACGAGAAACCGGCUGGAGUAGCCAUCGCGGGAAUAACUGAGCAACAGCCAUUUUCCGGUGUAGAAUCGGAAACGUCAGUACCAUCUAUCGCAGUCCAACCUGCCACACCCCAGGUGGAGGAGCCGAGACCCAGCAUGGACCGGUCGAGCAUGGAAGGAUACAUUAUUCCGGGCGGAUUCCCACCGUCGGGUUCAGACAAGAGCCUGAAAAACGCAGCAGUUUCAACGACCCCGGCGGUGGUGAGCGCUGUUCCAAAGCUGGAUGACGUGGAGGACACUGAAGGAGAGUCUGGAGAUAGCAUCUACAGCGACGCAGCCGAAGACUUCGAUGGAGAUGGAUUUGGGUCUAUUAAUGCUAUUGUUGAUAGCCGGCCGAUCCCCAGGUCUCCAGCACCAUUGGAUAGUCGCGAUACUACUCCGAAGCCUAUCAGCCGAACAACACCUGUGGACGGCGAGUCUGGUGACAUUCCGGAAGAGGCAGCCGAAGACGCUCGCGCCGCGACGCCUACGCAAGCCUCGUCGCAAGCUCGAACCCCAGCCGUGCAGAACGGUUCCGUUCAGUCGGAGUCGAAAAGACAGAAGAGACCCCUGUCUGCGGAUACCUCUGUUCAAAACCCUCGAUGGUCAAGCAAUGCCGGUUCUUCAGGAUCCACUAAAAGCAAACCGCGGCCAAUCUCUCUUGGUCCAGCUUUUCAACCCGGUUUUCCUCCUUCCCUUCGCAGAGCCAGGUCGAAUGGCAGCGAUUCUUCUAGUAGCUUUGUUCGGGCCAGCCCUCCUUCCCGACGAGACGCCUCGCAUACUAUGCGAACAACAUUGAGAUCUGGCGGGGGACGUGCUCAGCGACGGUCGCCAUCAGGGCAGCCGGACUCGCCCACGGAAUACCGACCAACCUCUUCUGGCUCGGCAACAGCUACAAUGCGGAAGACUCUGCGGAGCCCGAGCUCUGGAGGCGAGCAACGAUUCUCGUUCUUCUCGACCAAUAAUAAGAGCCCAAGAGCGACGGUCACCAAGAAGUCUCCCAAAUCGAAGGCAUCGCGAUUCGUCGAGUCCGAUGAUGAGGACAGCGACACUCGCCCCCAAUUUUUCCGCAGUCGCUUUGCGAAUUCAAGCGAUGAAGACGAGUCCAAUAAUACUCUGCGGCCUGUUCGUGGUAUUCCGCGCCGGAAGGAUGAGCGUGAUGGGGAUUCGACCGAGCUGGAGGACAGCUCGGAAGAAGAUCGCCGCCAAGCGCAACGACUAUCCAAGGCUGCACCGCGAUCAAAGCCCACUCCGCCAGGGUCUCGCGGUCAGAACGCACCUGGAAGUAUGUCUGGACUGGCAGCCGUGGCUCGCCAGCGGGGCAUGACGCAAAGGGAACUGGAAGAGUUCCUUAUGCAGCCGCCUGGCGGGCGCAAACCGGGUCUUUUGAUUCGGCUCGGUCUUAAGAAGUCUAAGAAUCCAGAUCAUCGAAUCCGCAAAGCAGACGUCGAGAGCCCCUCUCGGCGAGAUACGCCGCUGGAACGGUCGCGUCUGGAACGCGAGCAGCUGCGCCAGGAGACCGCUGUGAAUGGAUCUCGUGGACACACGGUAACCACGGUCAGCUCCAACCAUGACCAACCGACCUCGUCGCCUAAGCUGCUGAAGAGAGGGUCAAAGCGAGCGGGUGUCUCUUGGCCGCUGCUGUCUAAUACCGAAGAGCAGCCGAGCAAUAGCACUCCCUCGUCUCCCCAACAACCCUCGCGGCCUGCGCCGUCUACACAAAACGGCGGGCAUAACGGAACUGUGAUGGUCAACAACGCACCCGAUAGCUCAGCCAAAGAGCCCACUUCGCCGCGGGUGUCCAGCCCCGUCGCAAAUACGAACGACGGCAGUUCUGUCGCUGCCACGGAAGAAGAUCAUGGACCUUCUGCGCGAGACGUGGUGAUCUCCGGCUCUGGGCGAAAGAAACGCUUCCCGCUACUUCGAAAGGCUCUCCGCCUCAAGGCUUAA